AUGGCAGCUACAUCAAAUGAUCAAAAUAAACUUGAAGUUUUGGUACCAGGUGGUGUUGGUUUUAUUGGUAGUCAUUGUGUUAUUGAACUUAUCAAUGCUGGAUAUGAGCCUAUCGUAGUUGAUAAUUUGUCAAAUUCUUCUAUAGAAUGUUUAAAACGAGUUGAAAAAAUCAGUGGAUCUAAAAUAACAAAUUAUACAAUUGAUUGUCUUGAUUUAGAAAGUUUAAGAGAUGUUUUUAAGAAACAUUCUAUUUAUGCUAUUAUUAAUUUUGCUGCUUUAAAAUCUGUUGGUGAAUCUGUUAAAAACCCAGUUUUAUAUUAUCAAAAUAAUGUUGGUUGCUUAUUUAAUUUACUUAAGUGUAUGGAAGAAUUUAAUGUAAAAAAUUUUAUUUUUUCAUCAUCAGCUACUGUUUAUGGUACACCAAAAUAUUUACCAUUAGAUGAGAAACAUCCAUGUGUUGGAGAUGCUAUUACAAAUCCAUAUGGAAAGAGUAAAUAUAUUUGUGAACAUGUUCUUAAAGAUACAACUGUUGCUCAUUCUGAUUGGAAUAUUAUUCUUUUACGUUAUUUUAAUCCUGUUGGUGCUCAUGAAUCAGGUUUAAUUGGUGAAAAUCCUGUUGGUACACCAAAUAAUCUUAUGCCGUAUGUUGCCCAAGUAGCUGUUGGUAGAUUACCACAUGUAAAUGUUACGGGUACUGAUUAUGAUACACCGGAUGGAACAGGUGUACGAGAUUAUAUUCAUGUUGUUGAUUUGGCUAAAGGUCAUAUAGCAGCAAUGAAAAAGUUUAAAGAUAGUUGUGGUCUUCAAAUAUAUAACCUUGGUACGGGUAAAGGUUAUUCAGUGUUAGAGAUGAUUAAAGCAUUAGAAAAAGCAUCAGGAAAAACUAUUGCUUAUAAGAAUUGCCCUCGACGUUCAGGUGAUCUUGCUUCUGUUUAUGCUGAUUGUAGUUUAGCUGCUAAACAACUUGGAUGGACAGCUCAACGAGGUUUAGAUGAUAUGUGUCAAGACUUAUGGCGAUGGCAAUCAAAUAACCCAAAUGGCUUUCAAUAG